AUGGGUGAUCCGAGGAUGGCUCUUCCCACUGAAGAUAAAUCAAAAGUUGCCAAUAUUGUCGGGAACAAUCUUCCCAACUUCAGACGACUGUAUGCGCCUUUGAUCGAAAAUCUCCCGAAUGUUGGAUUCAAUGACUCAAAGUGUACCAGUCCUGACUGGGCACUUGAUCCUACUCUGAAUGCUAGAUUGACCCAAGACAUGAGUCCUAUAAAACGAGGGAACAUGGUCCGUCGACUUCCAAAAUUUUUCCGCUCUAAGCUCUACUUCCAGUACCAGAAGAAGUAUCAGAUCCCUCAGCUGGAAUUUAACAAGAUGCUAGAAGCUUCCAGUGACGAAAGCGGAACACGAAUCAACCGUAGAGAGGGUGGCGGAUUCGAGCAGCGAAUAGCAAGUGAGCCCCCAGAGGAGCUCCGUGGGGAGAUUAGGGGUGUGAUCAAAAGCACAGUCAGUUGGCCAAGUACGAGUCAGAGUCUCAAGGGACCAGUCACCGCUGGUGCAGCUAGAACGUGGAGAUAUAUGAAAGAGAAGGUCGAAAAGUACCGCGAGGGAAAGGAAAAGGAUCGAAUAAAGAAGCUGGAAAAGGAAAGCGAAAAGAAAGAUUAA